AUGGAUAGACGCACCCCCUAUACUUUGAGCGUACUCGCUCCUAGUCAAGAUGGCGCCGAUGAAUCGCGAGUAGCUAUCCAAGGACGACUACGAGAAUUCAUCCUCGCAUUUCAGCUUGACAACUCUUUCAUUUACAGAGAUCAACUGCGACAGAACGUCCUGGUCAAGCAGUACUACUGCGAUAUCGAUAUUGCACACUUGAUUUCAUAUAAUGGAGAGCUUGCUCAUAAACUCACCACAGAGCCCGCCGACAUAAUUCCAUUGUUCGAGGCUGCACUUAAACAAUGCACACAACAUAUCGUCUAUCCAUCACAAAGGGAUGUUGAACUUCCUCCUCACCAGCUUCUCCUUCAUUCAAGCGCGACACACACCUCGAUUCGUGACCUCAACGCUACUAAUAUUUCCCAUCUUGUUCGAAUUCCCGGUAUUGUGAUCGGCGCCUCGACGAUUUCCUCCAAAGCCACCGUUGUCAAUAUUCGGUGUAAAAACUGCGAACAUAUAGACAAUAUCAGUGUUGAUAGCGGCUUUGCUGGCUUGACAUUGCCCAGGAGAUGUGGGCGACGAGUUCAGCCCGGAGAACAACAGAGCGAGCCCUGUCCUUUGGACCCAUAUGUGAUUGUGCAUGAAAAAUGCCACUUCGUUGACCAGCAAGUCAUUAAGCUUCAAGAAGCUCCAGACCAGGUUCCGGUCGGCGAGUUGCCUCGUCAUGUCCUUAUAUCUGCCGAUCGGUAUUUGGCAAAUCGAGUUGUGCCAGGAUCACGCUGCACGGUCAUGGGUAUCUUUUCGAUUUAUCAAUCCAAGGGUGGCGCAAAAGCUGCUGCGGUCGCCAUCCGGAACCCCUACUUGCGUGCUGUAGGAAUCACCAGCGAUAUUGAUCAUACUUCCAAGGGAGCCGCUACCUUUACUGAGGAAGAAGAGCAAGAAUUCUUGGAGAUGAGCCGUCGUCCUGACUUGUACGAAGCAUUUGCUCGAAGCAUUGCACCCUCAAUCUACGGCAACCUGGAUAUCAAGAAAGCUAUUGCUUGUCUUUUAAUGGGUGGCUCGAAGAAAAUCCUUCCAGACGGAAUCAAACUUCGUGGAGAUAUUAAUGUGCUCUUGCUCGGUGAUCCUGGUACUGCAAAGUCUCAGUUACUGAAAUUCGUUGAAAAAGUGUCACCUAUUGCUAUUUACACUUCAGGAAAGGGUUCUUCAGCUGCAGGUCUUACUGCCUCAGUUCAACGUGAUAGCACUACUCGCGAGUUCUACCUGGAAGGAGGUGCGAUGGUUUUGGCUGAUGGUGGUGUAGUUUGUAUUGAUGAGUUUGACAAGAUGAGAGACGAAGAUCGUGUCGCCAUUCACGAGGCCAUGGAGCAGCAAACAAUCUCAAUUGCAAAAGCCGGUAUUACUACUAUCCUCAACUCGAGAACAUCUGUUCUCGCAGCUGCGAAUCCGAUCUUUGGUCGUUAUGAUGACUUGAAGACGCCUGGAGAAAAUAUUGAUUUCCAAACAACUAUUCUGUCACGUUUUGACAUGAUCUUUAUUGUUCGCGAUGACCAUGACCGUGGCCGAGACGAGCGAAUUGCUCGCCAUGUGAUGGGCAUUCACAUGGGAGGCAAGGGUGUCGACGAGCAUACCGAAGCAGAGAUUCCUCUGGAGAAGAUGAAAAGAUACAUUAGCUAUUGCAAGACACGAUGCGCUCCUCAACUGUCCGAAGAAGCAGCAGACAAGCUUUCGUCCCACUUCGUCUCAAUCCGCAAGCAAGUUCACCGCGCCGAGCUUGAUGCAAAUGCUCGCUCUUCCAUUCCUAUCACCGUCCGUCAAUUAGAGGCCAUCAUCAGAAUUACAGAGGCCCUUGCUAAACUCCAACUAUCGCCGGUCGCCACGACAGCUCAUGUUGAUGAGGCCAUUCGACUAUUCCUCGCGUCCACUAUGGACGCUGUUACCCAAGGAGAGAACCAAGGUAGCAAGGAACUCAUGGAAGAAGUUUCCAAAGUUGAAGAUGAAGUCAAACGUCGUCUGCCCAUCGGCUGGUCUACCAGUCUGGCUACUCUGCGCCGCGAAUUCGUUGACGGGCGCGGUUAUAGUGAACAGGCUCUCAAUCGAGCGUUACUUGUUAUGCAGCGACGAGAUACGAUACGCAUUCGCUCUGGUGGAUCGCAGAUUUACAGAAAUGGUGUUUGAGUUUAUAAAGCGUCUCUUUCAGUUUCGCGUUUGUUUAUGAAUUCGGUCUUGCAUGGUAUAUAGGGUGAUGAAAGGUGUUUGGGUCUGUUGUUUUCGGUUUGUUACUGGUAGAAAGAUAUGUAGUAAUACCCAUGGAAUCUGAAUAUUCUGUUCUAUUAUCCUUGACCUUGGUGC